AUGUUUAAAAUUAUAAUUUAUUUUUGUCUCUUACCAAUAUUAUUAACAAUAUGUUCGUAUAUUCCACCUAAAAUAACUAUUCAACGUUUAUCAAAACAACCAAUUAUAUCUUAUUGGUCUAAUCAAUCACAAUUUCGAUUUAAUUAUAAUAGUGCUUUUCUUCCAUUACCUGAUGGUAGUAUUGCUCUUGUUGUUCGUGUACAAGAUUUAUUACCAAAUGCUACAUCAAAUUAUGAUGUUGGUCCAUCAAAAUUAGCUAUUGUACGUCAAUUAAAAAAUAGUCUUACUAAAUAUGAAUAUGUACAUAGUGAACAGAUUAUCAUUGAUUCUGAUGAUCGUCCUUAUCAAGUUGCAGGUGUUGAAGAUCCUCGAAUUACAAUUGUAAAUGGUACUUAUUAUUUAUAUUAUACAGCAGUUUAUUGGACUCCUUCACAUGAAUGGAGUGCACAUGCUGCAUUAGCUACUUGUCAAUCAGGUAAAGAUCCAACAAAAAAAGAAAAUUGGAUUUUACAUCCAGCAUUAUUUCCUGAAUUAUCAUGGAGUAAAGCAGCAACAUUACUUAUUCAUAAUGCUACACAUCAAUAUGUUUUUUUUAAUGAAUCUAACAUAGAAUUAGCAUUAGCAGUAACUGAUGAUUAUCUUCAUUAUGAAUAUAAAAAUAAAACUUUUAUUGAAAUACGUUCAGAUUAUUUCGAUAGUGAAUUAGUUGAACCAGGUCCUGAACCACAACGUUUAAGUGAUGGAAAUUAUUUAUUUUUAUAUAAUUCAGCAAGGCGUUUACCUUUACCUAAUAAUCAUUUUAAACCUGAUUGGGAUCGUGAAUAUAAUUUAGGUUGGGUUAUUAUGGAUGGAAAUGAUCCAACAAAAAUUCUUGCACGAAGCGAACGACCAGUAUUAGCACCUGAACUUGAUUGGGAACGAUGUGAUUUUACAUCAAAGAAAUGGGCUAGAAGAGGUCUUACACCACGAGUUGUUUUUGCUGAAGGAUGGAAAAAAAUAGCAACGAAUCAAUUUAUUUUAUGGUAUCAAGGUUGUGACACAGUUACUGGAAUAGCAAAAGUUAUUGUUGAAUUUUAA